AAGCGGCAAGCAGCGCACUGCGCACAUAUAUAUGCGUUAUCUAGGGCAAGUGGCAACGAACUGAGUGCACACGUGAUAUAAAAAAAAUCCCAGCUUUUUUUCUUGUCCCAUCAUUGAAGUCUGUUUGUGGUAACUGAGGCUAAUAACACAAUAACGAUGAAGGAUGCGUGGAGGGACUGUGAGGGUUGGAGGAACUCCAAGCUCCCCAUGACGUCAUCUAACGAUGACGCAUGCAAGUGGUUUGAUGCUUCUCUGACUCAAAUCACAACAAUGUACGCCGACGACGAGGCGGGAGGGGUGGGCAACUCAUUCAAGAAUAUGAUGGAAGCUGACCCAGAUUUCGUAAUGGGACAGGUUUUUGUUAACUCCAUGAAAUUUGGCGGAUCGAAGACAGAAACAGAGGAAGUCAUUAAAACAGUAGACAGUAUCUUAGCUCUAGCCGCCAAACAGAAAGUAACGGAAAGAGAAAGUAAACAUGUGACUGCUUUAAAGCUCGUUACAGAAGGGAAACUGACGGAAGCUAUAGAAGUGUACCGUAACAUACUGAAGGAUUCUCCCACAGACCUGCUGGCCUGUCUAUUGGCUUUCUUUAAAUACUACGAGCUGGGCAUGUUCAACGAAAUGCUUGACAUGAUGGCGUCUGUGAUUGACGCUUACACACCUGAAACUCCUGGGUACAGCACUAUUUUAGGAUGGAAGGCCUUUGCUCAUGAGGAAAACUCGCAGCUUCCAGAAGCUGAAGAAAACGCAUACAAGAGCCUCGCUGCGUCUCCCAGAGAAACCUUUGCCAUCCACACAAUGGCCCAUGUACAUCUGGAGAAAGGAAUGCACGAUGCCGGACUAGCGUUUCUACAGAGUAAAGAAAAAUACUGGGCGUCCUGCAGCUUGGCCUGUCACAUUGCAUGGCACGAGGCUUUAUUCCAUGUUGAAAAGGGACAGUUCGAUCUUGCCGUCAAGGUGUUUGAUGAAAAAGUAAAGAUCAUUGCGCGCGGGAACUUUAAUGAUGCGUCCUCCCUCCUGUACCGUUUGGCAGUCGAAGACGUGCGCGUGCCCCAGCGUUGGAAGGGGGUCCUGGACCUAGUGGACAAAUUUAGCGGGCAUCACACGUGGGUGUACACAGAUCUACACAUCCUGUUUACUCUGUACAGAAACGGAGAGAAAGAGCGGGCUAAUGAACUGCUGGAGGGCCUCAAGGAAUACGUCACGAAUAACACUGGAACAAACGCUCAGGUGACGCAUGAUGUGGGCAUGCCCCUGUGUGCUGGAAUAACGGCGUUUGAGGAAGGACACUACGAGACGGCCACCAACUGUCUGAACUCUGUAUACAGCAAACUAAACCGAAUAGGGGGCAGCAGAGCUCAGAGAGACACGUUUGUCCAGCUCCUUCUCCAUUCCGCCAUUAAAUCCUCUAACCCCGACCACAAAGUUCUGGCCAGGACACUGCUUAACCAGAGGAAAUCUGAUCGGGUGGAAGACCCGCUGGGCGAUCGUCUGCUGAUGCUGCUUGACAGUAAAUCGGGCUGAAUCAGAGGCCCACUGUGAUAUCAGCCUUCUAGUCUACGCCGUACUGUAUAAACUGAUGAUAUACUCGGAGAUUGUAUCCGUUCACGGAAGUGACGGCUACGCAUGUCCAUUGAAAAAUUUAGACGACUACCUGGGUCUCCGUCAUCAUCAGAAGAUAUAACCCAUGUACACUGAAAUAUUAUAUAUCAUUUUUGUUAUAUCUUGGGAAUUAAAUCUUGACAGUCAGGGUAGAUCUGGAUUCAUAUAUUACAUUUAGUUUUUAUUUUACUAUCGCAUGUUUACAUAUAUGUAUGUACAUGUUUAAAGACUCAUUUAUUCGGAGAAAUUAAAUCGUGAAUUCAGUGCAAGUUAAA